GGCAACCAGGACGGGGGAAGGAGAGCCGUAAAGCGUUGUGUUGUGAUGAGAGAGGUCAUUGGAAAGUGAGCACAGAGCUACCUGGGCUGGUUCGGGGGACAGAAAGAUACUUUAUUGCUACCAGCUAUUCCGGUACCGGAGUAGAUCCAGCGGAAUUUAAAAGGUCUUUAAAGCGACUAAACUAACCAAGACGAAAUGCUUCGUCUCGUCCUGCGGCUGAGGAAUUCUUCAGCGAUUCCCCGGUGCCGUGGUGUCCUACCUGGGCCUGCCCUGAGCUCUCGCCCCUCUCCGGGACCUUGUCAUCUGAGGCUUUACCACGGUUUUGUCCGGUCAAGGGCUGUUUGUAACGGAGGUAGUUUGAACACCGUGGUGUUCGCCAGCGGCACCCAGCGCUUCUACAGCCUCCCACCGCACCAGAAGGUGGAGCUGCCUGCUCUGUCCCCCACCAUGCAGACUGGAACCAUCGCUCGCUGGGAGAAGAAGGAGGGAGACAAGAUCAAUGAGGGAGACCUUAUCGCUGAGGUGGAGACUGACAAGGCCACAGUGGGGUUUGAGCUGUUGGAGGACUGUUACCUGGCUAAGAUCCUGGUAGCUGAAGGAACUGGAGUUUCCGUGGGCUCUGUCAUCUGCAUCACUGUCGACAGUGCUGAUCUGAUCCCAGCCUUUAAGGACCUGACGUUGGACAAGCUGGCUGCAAGCUCCGCCCCUUCUGCGGCUGCCCCUCCCCCCCCCACUGCUGUCGCCCCUGGCAGCUCCCUACCACCCCACAUGAAGGUGUGUCUGCCAGCCCUGUCUCCUACUAUGACCAUGGGGACAGUGCAGCGCUGGGAGAAGAAGGUUGGAGAGAAACUCAGUGAAGGAGAUCUACUGGCGGAGAUAGAGACCGACAAGGCUACCAUCGGGUUUGAGGUGCAGGAGGAGGGUUACCUGGCGAAGAUCAUGGUGUCUGAGGGAACGCGUGACGUUCCUCUGGGCGCUCCUCUCUGCAUCAUCGUGGAGAAGGAGAGUGACAUCGCUGCCUUCAGCGACUAUGUAGAGGCAGCGGGGACUGAUGUCUCCACCCCACCCCCUGCUCCUGCACCAGCACCGGUUGUAGCCCCCACUCCUGCAGCAGCUAGCCCAGCUCAUGUGGCCCCGGCAACCCCAAGGAAAGGGCGUGUCUUCGCCAGUCCGCUAGCCAAGAAGCUCGCUGCAGAGAAGGGCAUUGACCUGGCCCGGGUCAGCGGCUCCGGUCCUGAUGGUAGAGUCACCAGGAAAGACAUUGAGACUUUCGUCCCCCCCAAGGCUGUCCCUGCUGCUCCUGUUGCUGCAGCUCCUCCUUCCCCGGAGCCACGCCCCUACACCUGCCCCGGUGUUGCCGCGCCAACAGGCAUCUUCACUGACGUUCCUAUCAGCAACAUCCGCAGGGUGAUAGCCCAGAGGUUGAUGCAGUCUAAACAGACCAUUCCCCACUACUACCUGUCUGUUGACGUCAACAUGGACCAAGUCCUGGAACUACGCACGGAGCUCAACGCUGAGGUAAAGGCCCAGAACAUCAAGCUGAGUGUGAAUGAUUUCAUCAUUAAAGCCAGCUCUCUGGCCUGCCUCAAGGUCCCGGAAGCCAACUCCCAAUGGCUCGACUCUGUCAUCCGACAGAACCAUGUGGUGGACGUGAGUGUGGCGGUGAGUACGCCCAACGGUCUGAUAACGCCCAUCGUGUUCAACGCCCACACCAAGGGACUGGCUGCUAUCAGCUCUGAUGUCUCAGCCCUGGCUGCCAAGGCCCGCGACGGGAAACUACAGCCGCACGAGUUCCAGGGAGGCACGUUUACCAUCUCUAACCUGGGAAUGUUUGGUGUCAAGAACUUCUCAGCCAUCAUUAACCCUCCCCAGGCCUGUAUUCUGGCAGUAGGGGGCUCAGAGAAGAGACUGCUGCCCGCUGACAAUGAGAAAGGGUUUGACGUGGCCAGCAUGAUGUCGGUGACGUUAAGUUGUGACCAUCGCGUGGUGGACGGAGCAGUCGGAGCUCAGUGGCUCGCAGAGUUCAGGAAGUUCCUGGAGAAGCCUGUCACCAUGCUGCUCUGAUUGGAUAACACUGUGGUUGGCUGGAGCCGUCGCCAAGCUGAUUGGUGGAAACCGUUCAUCAUGUUUCUGUGAUUGGCUGGCCCACCACAAGGACACUCCCCCUCCCCCUUAAAGGGGUGAGGCAGGACUCACUCCCCUCAGAAUAUGACACUUUUCCCUCUUCCUCUGUCUCUCACCCUCCAUAACUGUUGACAUAGUUAUUGACAUAGUUACAGUUUAGCCCCGUGGCUGUGAUGUCACUACAACAUGUUGUUUAUAAAGGUAACUGUUACAGUUGGGAGAAGAU